AUGGGCUUCAUGAAGCAAGGCAGCCAUCGUUCCCUCGGCAGGCGCCGCACUCUGCACGACUUGCGACAUGCAGCGCGCAGCCCUAAGCAACCUGCGAAUUCCGAUCAGACAUUAGUGCAAACAACAGACGCCACGUCGCGACUGAAGAAACGUGCAAGCACAUUCGGCAUCAAAAAUGCGCUCACGAAGCUACGCAUCAUCAAAAGCAGCGCAGCCCCAACGCAGCCAGUCUGGACCCAGUAUGAGCUUGUGAAACGCAUAGGCUCCGGUGGAAACGGCCUCGUAGAUCUCUGCUUCGACACCUCAGCCGGCAUCCUCGUCGCAUGUCCUGAGUCCACCGCAUCCUUCUCGGAAAUCUACCUCAUGGCGUUUAUGUUGACUAUCAAGAUCGGCGACCCUGGUGCUAUCAUGGCAGCAUACAACAAGAUCAACGGCGUACAUAUUACCGAAGAUGAGCGAAUCUUGACCGGAAUCUUGAGGGAAGAAUGGGGCUUCCGCGGUCUAGUCAUGAGCGAUUGGCACGGUCUAUAUGCAACAACAAGUCCGAUACAAGCAGGGCUAGACCUCGAGAUGCCAGGGCCCAGCCAAUGGAGAGGGAAAAGCCUAGCACACUCACUCCUAGCCGACCGCCUCAGCACGCGUGCCCUUGACAACUGCGUGCGGCGCGUCCUGAACAUGGUCAAAGAAGCUGCCCGCUCCAACAUUCCUGAGAACGCGCCUGAAGAGCCUUUGAACCGCGAACAAGAUCGCAAACUACUCCGUCGCGCUGCAGCCGAAUCGAUCGUCCUGAUGAAGAAUGAGAGCAAAGUGCUUCCGCUUGAUUCCAACAAACCCGUCGCCGUGAUAGGUCCAAACGCUGCUAUCGCAGCAUAUCGCGGUGGCCGCAUUGCCCAUCUGCGACCGUACUAUGCAGUGACCCCACUAGAAGCCAUUACCCAGCGAAGCAAAGGAGAAGUUCGUUUCUCCCGUGGAAUAUACAACCACAAAGAACGACCUCUUCUCGGCCACCAGCUUCUCACCAACUACGCGGAGCCACCAACCAUUGCGUCACGUACCCCAGUCGACCAGUACGAGUUCCUCAACUCAUGUGGAUACUUCCUCAACUACGAGAAUAUGGAUCGUGUCGAUGGCCAGAACUGGCACGUGGACAUCUCAGGGCGCCUCGUUGCAAGCGAAACAGGGCCCUAUGACUUUGGCGUUAGUGUGCAAGGUACCGCGAAUCUUUACGUCGACGGGAAACUCGUUGUAGACAAUACCAAGGACCAGCAAUUUGGCGAAGGCUUUUUCCGCGCGGGUACCGUGGAGAAAGUCGGUACUGUCCACCUCACCAAGGGCGAGACAUACGACGUCCUAGUGCACUGGGCUGGUGCGCACACGUCUGAUCUCAUCAAGAAUUCGCCACUUACCUUUCAUCCUGGCGGGCUACGACUAGGCGGAUGCUACCAGAUGGAUGUAUCGGCUUCAAUCCACGCAGCUGCGGCGCUAGCGGGCCAGGUGGACCAAGUCGUUGUUCUGGCGGGCCUAAUGGGAGACUGGGAGAACGAGGGCGCGGAUCGACCCAACAUCGAGCUUCCACAGCACACUGGCGAGCUCAUUGAGAGUGUACUGGAUGCGAAUCCAAACGCUGUCAUCUGCAUUAGUUCAGGGAGUCCAGUCACGAUGCCGUGGGCUGGUCGUACCAAGGCUUUGCUGCACGUUUGGUAUGGGGGUAACGAGACGGGACAUGCGAUUAGCGAUGUUUUGUAUGGCGAUGUCAAUCCGUCGGGUAAGCUACCGCUUUCCUUUCCGCUUUCGUUGCGCGACAAUCCUACAUGGCUGUGUAGUCAGGCAGAGAGGAAGCGUAUACUGUAUGCCGAAGACGUGUACGUUGGAUACCGCUUCUACGACACGAUGGAGAAACCUGUACUCUUCCCAUUCGGUCACGGCCUGUCAUACACCGAGUUUCAUCUCUCCGGUCUGAAGCUCGAAGUGAAGGGUUCGAAAGAGAAGGCGGUGAUUACGGCGCAGGUCAAGAUUGACAACCUGGGUGACCGUGACGGCGCGGAAGUCGUGCAGGUGUAUAUCGCACAGCAGAAACCCAGUGUUGGUCGUCCGGCGAAGGAGCUCAAGGGAUUUGAGAAGAGCUUUGUUGCCAAGCAGUCUAGUACUACAGUCGCAGUUGAGAUGGAGCUCAAGUAUGCGUUAGGGUUUUGGGACGAAGCGGAAGGUCGCUGGGCUUGUGAAAAAGGCGAGUAUGAUGUUUUGGUUGGCACGAGCAGUAGAGCAGACUUCCUCCGAGAUACUUUGGUUCUUGAAGAGACGUUUUGGUGGGCAGGUCUAUAG